GUUGCACGAAUCUUGAAACGGAUUUCCUGAUUCUCUUCCGGAAUUGGAAGGGUCGAGAAGUUCGAUCGCGGGGGCGGCUAGCGGCGGAAACAGCCGGACGGCGAUGUCGAAGACCUUGGUGCAGCCCAUCGGGCAGAAGCGCCUCACUAACGUGGCGGUUGUUCGUCUCAAGAAGCACGGAAUCAGGUUCGAGAUCGCCUGCUACAAGAACAAGGUCCUUUCGUGGCGAUCAGGAGUAGAGAAGGAUUUGGAUGAAGUGUUGCAGUCACAAACAGUUUAUUCAAAUGUAUCAAAAGGAAUUCUUGCGAAGUCAAAGGAAUUGAUCGCAGCAUUUGGCACCGAUGAUCAGUCAAAAAUAUGUUUGGAGAUCUUGGAAAAAGGAGAGCUUCAAGUUGCUGGGAAGGAGAGAGAAUCUCAGUUAUCUAGUCAGUUCCGGGAUAUUGCAACUAUCGUGAUGCAGAAGACAAUCAACCCUGAAACUCAUCGUCCCUAUACAAUUAGCAUGAUUGAGCGACUUAUGCAUGAGACUCAUUUUGCAGUGGAUUCCAAUCAAAGCUCAAAAAAACAGGCAUUGGAAGUUAUUAGGGAGCUUCAAAAGCAUUUCCCUAUUGAAAGAUCCCCUAUGAGAUUGCGGCUUGUUGUGCCAGAGAAAAGCUUUCCUACUCUCAUAGAGAAACUCAGUGGUUGGAAUCCUAAUAUUACUUCCAAGGAUGAGUCUGGAAAUGAACCAUCUCUUGUUUGCGAGUUAGAACCCAGAUUUUUUCGUGAUUGUGAUGCCAUGAUGAGGAGCUUGCAAGGGAGGUUGGAAAUACUUGCCGUAUCUGUGCAUAUGGAGGGGGAUGCUCAGGUCGACCAGUAUGAUACUGAAGAAUUUAUGCCAAGGUCAACAAAGGAGCCAUCUGCAGUUACUCAACUGGGUGAGAGGCUGCACGAGCAAGAAAUUUCCACUGGGAAUGGUCACGGCGAAGAUCAGGCCAAGCAGAACAGAUGCAGCGCCUGUGGUGUUGCAUUUGGAGAUGCUAAACAGUACAGGGAGCACUUCAAAUCUGACUGGCACAAGCAUAACCUGAAGCGAAAGACGAGGCAGCUUCCUCCGUUGACUGCAGAGGAAUGCCUAGCUGAUUUGGAACUGGGCGAUUCCAAGGCAGAUCUCAAGGAAUACUCUUUUUGAUGCAAUUUGUUCUUGAUUUUAUGUUUGGAUUGUACUGACUAGGAUAUACGUGUUUAAUUGAUCACUAUAUUAUAAUAUGUGUUUAUGUUUCAUGUUUGAAUUAUA